GCAGAUUCUUGGUGUAUAUGAUUGUAAAAAAAAUUAUAUUGCCAUUUGCUAAGAUUUCUUCAACCCUUCCAUUUGCCAUUUGCUAAUUUCAUUUGGCAUUUCCCGUCAAAAAUCCCCAACAACUUUCAAUUUCUAUCUCAAAGUGAAAAUUGUUUUGUUUAUUUGAUGGCGUUGAAGACGAAUGGAUUUGUGGAAGGUAGUCUACCGGAGGAAUUGAUGAAGCUGCUAUUAAAUUUGGCUUCAGAAUGGGGAGAUGUGAUUGAUUUAAGUAAUUUGAAGGUGAUUCAUUUGAGUGGUGCCAUGACUAACAAGAUUUAUCAAAUAAGCUGGCCUACAAAAAUGGAAAAUUUCCCAAGAAUAGUUUUAGUUCGAAUUUAUGGCGAAGGGGUCGAGCUUUUCUUCGACCGGGAUGAGGAAAUUCGCACUUUUAAAUUUAUUUCGACUCAUGGUCAUGGACCUAAGCUUCUUGGUCAGUUCAAGGAGGGGCGAGUCGAGGAGUUCAUUCAUGCCAGGACUCUAUCAGCUGCUGACCUUCGCGACCCUGAAAUUUCUGCUCUGAUAGCAGCUAAAAUGAGGGAAUUUCAUUAUCUUGAUAUGCCGGGAUCGAAGAAUGUGGUCUUGUGGAACAGAAUGAGAAAUUGGCUUAGCGAGGCCAAAAGUUUGUGCUCCCCGGAACAUGUGAAGGAAUUUCGCUUGGAUAACUUAGAAGCGGAGAUCAACUUAUUGGAAAAGGCACUAUCAGGACACGACCAAAAAAUUGGUUUUUGCCACAAUGAUCUGCAGUACGGUAACAUAAUGAUCGAUAACAAGGCAAAAUCCAUCACUCUGAUAGAUUAUGAGUAUGCAAGUUACAAUCCUAUUGCCUACGAUCUUGCAAAUCAUUUCUGUGAGAUGGCAGCGAAUUAUCACACUGAGACGCCUCAUAUCUUGGAUUAUAGCAAAUAUCCCGAUCUAGAGGAGCGCCAAAGAUUUGUACGUGAAUACCUCGGAUCGUCAGGGACAGAACUUGCUGCCACAGGGACCAGAUCUUAAGAAUUAUCAACCCAGUGACGCUGAAGUAAAGCAGCUUGUAGACGAUACAGAGAAGUUCGCUCUUGCAAACCAUAUCUUCUGGGGAUUGUGGGGAUUAAUCUCGG